GAGAGGAAGCCCACCGUGGAUGCAGAGGAGGCUCAGAGGAUGACAACCCUGCUGUCUGCCAUGUCUGAGGAGCAGCUGUCCCGCUACGAAGUGUGUCGCCGGUCAGCUUUCCCGAGAGCACGCAUUGCGGGUCUGAUGCGGGCUAUCACUGGCAGUUCGGUGUCUGAGAACGCGGCCAUUGCCAUGGCUGGAAUAGCCAAGGUCUUUGUCGGAGAGGUGGUGGAAGAGGCCCUGGACGUGUGUGAGAUGUGGGGAGAGACGCCCCCGCUGCAGCCCAAGCAUUUAAGGGAGGCCGUUCGCAGGUUAAAGCCCAGGGGCCUCUUCCCCAACAGCAACUGCAAAAGAAUCAUGUUCUAGGCCCGAGGCCAGAGGGCAGGGUCUGUUUGUGCAGGAAGAAGUACCGCGUUCAUCUUCCAAUGACAGGAGUGUGUGUGCUGGAGCUCCUGCAUCUCAGUCCCACCUGGAUUUACCCACGAUCUCAGUGUCUUAAAAUGUGCAGUUGCCCUUACCUGGAUGAAGACAGCAGAUCGUUUCAUAGGAGCCUUGGCUAAAUCUUUGGGCAUUUUAAUGGGAUGUGGAGGCGUUUUUCUAUGUCUUUCCAG